CAUGCGGCCCGCGCCGCCGCAGCCGCCGCCGGGUCCCGGAGCCAGAGGCCGCCCGAGCCGGAGCGCGAUGGAGCGAGGGCCCCAGGCGGGGAGGCGCGGCCGAGCGCGCGGCCCGACGCCCCCUCAGUGAGCGCCCGACCGCCGCGGCGCAGGCCGAGGGCGGGCUCGCCUCUGCCCGCCUCGCCGCCGCACCGGCGCUCGGAGCCCGCGCCGCCUUCCCGCUCGGGCCGCGGGCCGGGGACGGCCCGGGGCUGCAUGGCCUCGCCCGCGCGCCGCCGCUGAGCCCUGGGCCGGAGCCGGAGCCGAAUACCCUCAGUGCUGCUCUGGGACACGCCUCUGUUGGAUUUAAUUUACAGUCAUCAACCUCGGCUUCUAACGAUGGACUCGUGCUGAAUAAUAGUCCAUCGUCUGGAUGUCCCACAGUUUAUUUAUCCAUUCACCUACUGAAGGGCAUCUUGGAUCACUUUUAAUUGUCUCUCUGGUCUUCUCUGAUGGGAAGUAGACAGUAAACAAAGCCAGCUGCUGACCUCUGACCUCUCUGUGAAUUGCCUGGAAGAGGGGGUGUUGCCGCCCGGAUGCUUGUGCCGUGUUGUCCCCCAGUUCCGAGAGCCCUGGACUGUGCAGGACGUUGCUCCAGGACGAUGCAGCCUUCUGUUCAGGGAACACCUGAAACACUUCGCGUGGAAACCAUCCCCACAGCGGUGACACACUGCGGAGUUGGUGAUGGGCGACAGGGAGAAGGAUGGCCUCGGGCUGUGGUCUCCUGGGGUCCGAGGGUGCGCACCCCAGUCCAGAGGCGGUGCAAGGCCCUCGCUGGGCUCCUUGGGAAGUCUGUGCCUGUCCAGCCAAUGUGCCUUUGCCCACACCACUUAAUUUUCCUUUCAGAGACAAGACCAGUAAUUCUUAACCUGGGCUUAGAACACGUAGAGUGUCAUGAGGUCUGUAGCUAUUUCAGAAUGCCGCCAAAUUCUCCAAAUGCAACCCACACACUGCAUUUUUGAGAGUGAGCUCUGCCCCUGGACUCAGCAGUAGGAUUGACGCUCAGGGCCCUGAGCCACGUUCUGAAGCAGAGCCCUGCCCGGAGGUUCUGGUAGCCAGCUUGGGGGCUGCUUGGACCUGGACCCGGUCCGUUCACCCCUGUGCUGCAGCCUCACCGCUAGGCCUUCAUUUCCCCAUCUGUAAAUGACAUGAUUUUGGAUCCUUUUCAUCUUGACAUUCAGAGGAUAGUACUGGGUCAGGGUCUACAAAAGAUUGCUGUAAAAUCUGGAAUAGUGCAUCUUAUUCUUGCCGAGCAAAAAGGACAAAGUCCCAGUCAUGCCCCAACCCGGGGCGCAUGGGCCCCUCGUGUCGGUGUCUGCGUCCCGCAGCCGGCGGGCACUCUCUGCUGGCCUCCACAAGUCUCAAGUGGAGCGGAAUGGACAGACAGGCCCACCAGGCGGGCCGGGCCCGCCACCCUGCUCCAGUCUCCUCUGGGCUCCUGACGUGGAACCACGCGGCCCUGGGCGUCGGCUGCCACCAGGGAGGCAGACAGAAAGCCAGUGCUUCUUUGAGAGAAACGCUCAGAUUUUGUAUAUGUUCAUCUUUUCUCUCUUCUCAUCUAGUUGAUGACCUUUUAAGAUGAUCUGGAUUGCAAUGACUCGAAAUGUAUCGUUACACAUUUGCUGGUUUGGAGAACUUUUUAAAGUUAUGGAGUUCUGUAUACUCAACUUUUAUUAGUCUUCUAAAAAAUUGCUGUCUCUGAAUUGACUGUGAAGGGACCUUGAGACUGACGUUCUAAUAAUGCUGGGGCCGAUCUGCUUUAAUUGGAAAUGAGGACGCUGGGCCUUUUCCCAAUAACUCAGUAACCUCCUGGAUGUAACUCCGCAGGCCGUUUACUAUGAAACUCUGAUGUACAACCCGACGGGGUUGUGGUUUGGGAGGCAGAUGACCACAGAGGAGAAGUGCCUGCUCAUCGUGUCCAGUCGGGGUGCUGGCUGGCCCCGCGCCCGCCUGGGUGAGGAAUGCCUGCAGUCCCGUCAGGGUGGAAGCGUCUCCAGGGUUCCAUUUUACGAAGUGUUCAUUGCAUCAUGUGAGAACGUCUGAAGCGUUUGUUUUGCUUGAUGUCAUCUAUGCUGUCAAGACUAUUAUUUUCUUAAAUGAACGUUUUGUCACUUGGGAAAGGAUCUGCUUUCUCCACCCACCAGAGCAGACGGUUGACGAUGAAGCGAUGGCGGCGUGAAUGAAGGCUUGGUGAGGAGGAAACGAUGCCCAAGGGUGGGUGUUCUAGAACCCCACAGCAGGAAGAGCGUUCCCUGAGCAGCGACAUGGUGGAGAAGCAGCCCGGGAAAAAGGAUAAAGAUAAAGUUUCUCUAACCAAGACCCCGAAGCUGGACCGCAGUGAUGGCGGGAAGGAGGUGAGAGAGCGAGCGACCAAGCGGAAGCUGCCCUUCACUGUGGGCGCCCAUGGAGAGCAGAAGGACUCGGACACAGAGAAGCAGGGUCCUGAGCGGAAGAGGAUUAAGAAGGAGCCUGUCACCCGCAAGGCCGGGCUGCUGUUCGGCAUGGGGCUGUCCGGGAUCCGCGCCGGCUACCCGCUCUCGGAGCGCCAGCAGGUGGCUCUCCUCAUGCAGAUGACGGCCGAGGAGUCUGCGAACAGCCCAGUGGACACGACACCAAAGCACCCCUCCCAGUCGACAGUGUGUCAGAAGGGGACGCCCAAUUCUGCCUCAAAAACCAAAGAUAAAGUGAACAAGAGAAAUGAGCGUGGAGAGACCCGCCUACACCGGGCGGCCAUCCGGGGGGACGCCCGGCGUAUCAAGGAGCUCAUCAGCGAGGGGGCGGACGUCAACGUCAAGGACUUCGCAGGCUGGACCGCGCUGCACGAGGCCUGUAACCGGGGCUACUAUGACGUCGCGAAGCAGCUGCUGGCCGCCGGCGCGGAGGUGAACACCAAGGGCCUGGAUGACGACACGCCCUUGCACGACGCCGCCAACAAUGGGCACUACAAGGUGGUGAAGCUGCUGCUCCGGUAUGGAGGGAACCCCCAGCAGAGCAACAGGAAGGGCGAGACACCGCUGAAGGUGGCCAGCUCCCCGACCAUGGUGAACCUGCUGCUGGGCAAGGGCACCUACACGUCCAGCGAGGAGAGCUCGGCCGAGAGCUCUGAGGAGGAGGACGACGCCCCAUCAUUCGCACCUUCCAGCUCAGUCGAUGGCAAUAACACGGACUCCGAGUGUGAGAAGGGCCUGAAACACAAGACUAAGAAUCCGGAGCCCCAGAAAACUGUGACCCCCGUCAAGGACGAGUAUGAGUUUGACGAGGAUGACGAGCAGGACAGAGUCCCUCCCGUGGACGACAAACACUUGCUGAAAAAGGAUUACAGGAAAGAAACUAAGUCAAAUAGUUUUAUUUCUAUACCCAAAAUGGAAGUGAAAAGUUACACUAAAAACAGCACGAUUGCACCAAAGAAGGCGUCUCAUCGCAUCUUGUCGGACACGUCAGACGAGGAGGACGUCGGUGUCGCCGUGGGGACCGGGGAGAAGCUGAGACUCUCAGCUCACACGAUGCUGCCUGGUAGCAAGACACGGGAGCCUUCCAACUCCAAGCAGCAGAAGGAAAAAAAUAAAGUGAAAAAGAAGCGAAAGAAAGAAAUAAAGGGCAAAGAAGUGCGGUUUGGGAAGAGGAGCGACAAGUUCUGCUCCUCUGAGUCCGAGAGCGAGUCUUCGGAGAGCGGCGAGGACGGCGGGGACUCGGCGGGGAGCCCCGGCUGCCUCAAGGAGUCCCCGCUGGUGCUGAAGGACCCUGCCCUGUUCAGCUCCCUGUCUGCCUCCUCCACCUCGUCCCACGGCAGCUCCGCCCCCCAGAAGCAUAACCCCGGCCACGCGGAUCCGCAUGCCAAGCACUGGCGGACGGACAACUGGAAAACCAUCUCCUCCCCAGCCUGGUCCGAGGUCAGCUCGUUGACAGACUCCACGAGGACGAGGCUGAGCAGCGAGUCUGACGGCUCCUCCGAGGGCUCCAGCGUGGAGUCGCUCAAGCCAGUCAGGAAGAGGCAGGAGCACAGGAAGAGGGCCGGCCUGCAGGGCACGCUGCCCGAUAGGAGGAACUCCUUCCAUCCGGGCGGGGACGGCGCCAUCCCCAAGCUGGACAAGGAGGGCAAGGUCGUCAAGAAGCACAAGACGAAACAUAAACACAAAAGCAAGGAGAAGGGGCUGUGCUCCGUCAGCCAGGAGCUGAAGCUGAAGAGCUUCACCUACGAGUACGAGGAGUCCAAGCAGAGGGCAGACAAGGCCGUCCUGCUGGACGACGCGCCGGCUGAGAGCAAGCUGAAAGGCCUGAAGCACGAGAGGGACCACUGUAAGAAAGAGGAGAAGCUCGGCAAGGUGAAGUCGGAGGAGAAGGAGUGGCUCUUUAAGGACGAGAUGAUCAAGGUCUCCAGAGAGGAGAAGUCGCUCAAGAGAAUCAGGGACCUGAACAAGGAUGGGGGCAGGGCCUUCCGGGAGGAGAAGGACCGUUCCAGCAAAGCCGACAAGGAGAAACUGCUGAAGGAAAAAUCUCCAAAAGAGGAAAAGCUGAGGCUCUACAAAGAGGAAAGAAAGAAGAAGUCCAAAGACAGGCCCUCAAAAUUAGAGAAAAAGAAUGACUUUAAAGAGGAUAAAAUUUCAAAAGAGAAGGAGAAGACCUUCAAAGAGGACAAAGAUAAAGAAAAACUCAAAAAAGUGUACAGGGAGGAUUCUGCUUUUGAUGAAUAUUGUAACAAAAGCCAGUUUCUGGAGAACGAAGACACUAAGUUUAGUCUUUCUGACGACCAGGACCGGUGGUUUUCUGACUUGUCAGACUCGUCCUUCGAUUUCAAAGAGGAAGAUAGCUGGGACUCUCCAGUGACAGACUACAGGGACAUGAAGAGCGAGUCCGUGGCCAGGCUGAUCCUGGAGACGGUGAAAGAGGACAGCAAGGAGAAGAGGCGGGAGAGCAAGGCCCGGGAGAAGCGCCCUGACAGGGACACCUUCUCUCGCAAGAAGGACCGUGACGGCCUGGAGCGGGGCUCGGAGCGGAGGAGGGAGCACGCGGCCGACAGGCCCAGGGCCGUGCCCGGCUACCUCUGCGAGAAGGACAAGCGGCGGCGGGAGGCUGCGGAAGGUGGCCGCGACAGGAAGGAGGCCCCCGAGGCCGCCAGGGAGCGCAGAGACGGCCGCGCGAAGCCCGAGGAGGGGCACCGUGAAGACCUGAAGGAGCACGGUGGCGAGGGGGCCUUCAAGGACAGGCCCGAGUGCGACUUCGGGAAGAGCCUGGAGCCCUGGGAGAGGCAUCACCCGGCACGAGAGAAGGAGAAGAAGGAGAAGCUAAAGCUAGAGAAGUACAAAGAGAAGUCCAGUGACAAGGACAAAAACGAGAAACUGAUCCUUGAAAAAUGUCAGAAGGACAAGGAAUUUGAUAAGUGUUUUAAAGAGAAAAAGGAUGCCAAGGAAAAGCACAAAGAUGUGCAUAGCAAAGACAAAGAGAGAAAAGCAUCUCUCGACCAAGGUAAAGACAAACGGGAGAAGACUUUCCCCGGCAUUCUCUCGGAGGACUUCUCUGAAAAAAAAGAUGAAAAGAAGGGCAAAGAGAAAAGCUGGUACAUUGCAGAUAUAUUCACUGAUGAAAGCGAAGAUGAAAAAGAUGACUACACGGCGAGCGGAUUCAAAGUCGGGGAGGCCGGCGAGGGGCGGGGGGAUGGCCCCCCCGAGAGGGAGGACGGGCGGGAGCCGCACCCCCCCGACAGGCACCGGAAGCACUCGGCCGACAGGCAGCACGUGGAAAAGCAGAAAGACAAAGAAAUCCGGGAGAAGAAGAAGGAGAAGGGCGCCACAGACGGGGGCAAGGACAAGAAAGAACGAACCUUGGAAAAGCACAAAGAGAAGAAGGACAGAGAGUCCACGGAGAAGUACAAGGACCGGAAGGACCGAGCGUCGGUGGACGCCACUCAGGACAAGAGGGGCAGGCAGAAGCUGCCCGAGAAGGCAGAGAGGAGGCCCCCCGUGGAGGAGAGGGCCAGGAGCAGGCACCGGGAGAGGCCCGACCGGGAGCAGGGCCGCGAGAGGAAGGCGGGCAAGGGCGCCGACGCGGAGAAGAGCCUGCUGGAGCGGCUGGAGGAGGCGGCGCUGCAGGACUUGCGCGAGGACUCCAACGACAAGGGCAGCGAUGCGUCGUCCGACGGCUUCCCCGACCGCGGCCACGACCCGGGCCUCGGCGCCCUCCUGGAGGUGCCCUUCCCGGAGCCCCCGGAGGAGCGGGCGCGGGAGAGGGAGCGGCACCGGCACGCCUCGUCCUCCUCCAAGAAGAGCCACGACCGAGAGCGGGUCAGGAAGGACAAGCCCGAGAAGAAAGAGAAGAGCGACGACUGCAAGGACGCGGGCGGCCGGAAGGACAGCGGCCCGUACGAGAAGGAGGUCCUGGAGGCCGACGCUUACGGCCUCUCCUACAGCAUCAAGGCCGACGUAGAGGACGAGUUAGAGAAAACCAUCGAGUUGUUUUCUACCGAAAAGAAGGAGAAAAAUGAUCCUGAAAGAGAACCUGCCAAGAAGAUAGAGAAGGAACUGAGGCCUUACGGCUCUAGCACCCUGAGCCUCCUGAAGGAGAAGAGGCGGCGGGAGAAGCACCGGCACCGGGACCGGCACGGGGACGGGCCCCCGCGGCACCACCGGGAGGAGCUCAAGCCCGCCGCCAGGGACAAGGACAACCCUCCCGGCUCCUUCCGGGACAAGCCCAAGGACGAGGGCGGGAAGCUCGGGGAGGCCAAGCUGAAGGAGAAGGUCAAGGAGAAUCUGGAGAAAGAAAGGGGCGACCCCGUGAAGCUCAGCAACGGGAACGACAAGCUCCUCCCGGUCAGAGACCCAGGUAAGAAAGAUGUCCGGCCCCGGGAGAAGCUCCUGGGCGAUGGGGACCUGAUGAUGACGAGCUUCGAGCGGAUGCUCUCCCAGAAGGACCUGGAGAUCGAGGAGCGCCACAAACGGCACAAGGAGAGGAUGAAGCAGAUGGAGAAGCUGCGCCACCGGUCUGGUGACCCCAAGCUCAAGGAGAAGGCCAGGCCCGCCGAGGACGGGCGGAAGAAAAGCCUGGACGGCCCGCUGAAGAAGCCGCUGGGGCUGGACCCUGCCCCGAAGGACAGGAAGCUCAAGGAGCCCGCUCCCGCCGCCCCUGCUGCCGAGAACAAGCCCCACCCGGGACCCGCGGUGGACCCCCGAGACUGGCUGGCGGGCCCCCACAUGAAAGAGGUCUUGCCCGCUUCCCCCAGGCCAGACCAUGGCCGGCCCACCGGGGUCCCCACCCCCGCCUCGGUGGUGUCCUGCCCCAGCUACGAGGAGGCCAUGCACACGCCCCGGACCCCGUCCUGCAGCGCCGACGACUACCCCGACCUCAUGUUCGACUGCGCCGACCCCCAGCCCGUGUCCAGCACGUCCGCCAGCGCCUGCUCGCCCUCCUUCUUCGACAGGUUCUCCGUGGCCACGAGCGGGGUUUCAGAAACCCCGGGCCAGACACCCACGAGGCCGCUGUGCACGAACCUUUACCGCUCCGUGUCCGUGGACAUCAGGAGGACCCCUGAGGAAGAGUUCGGACUCGGGGACAAGCUGUUCAGACAGCAGAGCGUCCCUGCCGCGCCCAGCUACAGCUCGCCGGGGCGGCACCCGGAGGACAAGGCCCCGGGGCCCCCAGCACCCACCGAGAAGUUCGCCUGCCUGUCUCCGGGGUAUUACUCCCCAGACUAUGGCAUCCCCUCCCCCAAAGCGGACGCCUUGCACUGCCCGCCUGCGGCCGCAGCCAACAUCACCCCGUCCCCAGAGGGCGCCUUCUCUGGCUUACCGACAAAGUCCCCCCCUUCACACAGAGACGAGCUCUUGGCCCCGUCCAUGGAGGGGGCCCUCCCCCCUGACCUUGGCAUUCCCCUGGAUGCCACGGAGGACCAGCAGGCCACCGCGGCCAUCAUCCCCCCGGAGCCCAGCUUCCUGGAGCCCCUGGACGAGGGCCCCUUCAGCACCGUCAUCACAGAGGAGCCGGUCGAGUGGGCGCACCCCGCCACUGUGGAGCAGGGCCUCCCCGCUGGCCUCAUCGGGGGCACCCCCGAAAACCCCGCCAGCUGGCCCGUGGGGUCGGACCUCCUGCUGAAGUCCCCACAGAGAUUCCCAGAGUCCCCAAAACAUUUCUGCCCUGCUGAGUCUCUCCACCCGGAGCCCCCUUUCCCGGUGUCCCCCGUUUCAUACCCUCUGUCGGUCCCCGAGCCGGGCCUGGAAGUCAAGGACGAGGCCGGGGAAGCAGUGCCAGCCGCUGUCUCUGCUUCAGAAGAGCCAGCCACGUUCGCCUCUCCUUCCAGGCUGGAGUCCUUCUUCAGUAACUGCAAGUCCGUCCCGGAAGCACCCCCCGACGCGCCCCCCGAGCCUGCGUGCGUGACGGCCGUGGCUCAGGUGGAGGCCCUGGGUCCCCUGGAGAAUAACUUCCUGGAAAGUGGUCACAACCUGUCUGCCCUCGGCCAGGUGGAGCCGGUGCCCUGGCCCGGUGCCUUCCCCGCCACCGAGGAUGACCUCGACCUGGGACCUUUCUCGCUGCCGGAGCUUCCUCUCCAGACGAAGGAUGUUUCCGACGUCGAAGCAGAGCCUGUGGAAGAGAGUCCUCUCGUUCCUCUGGACGACACCCCCGCGCUCCCGAGCGGCGGGGACGUCUCCGUGGCAGCUGCUGAUGAACAGCUGGUGCUGCCUCCUGACCAGGCGGCCGCCCGGCUCACUACCGAGCCUGCGCCCGAGCCCCCGGAGGAGCCGAAGCCGGCCGCGCUGCCCGAGGCCACGGUGGAGGCCGGGGCCGGGCCGGAGGGGAGGGCCCCCGAGGACCCCGCCCCCGGCCGCGGGCCCACGCCAGCCCCCUCGGAGCAGCAUCCGCCGGGGAGUGGGGACGAGCAGGCCGAGGGCCCAGAGCCCUCAGCCACGCCCCACGGUGCUCCCGACGCCCCCGGGGACGGCUCGGCCCAGGCCCGCGCAGUGGAGGGGGCCGGCCCCCAGGACGGUGCCGGGCUUGAGGGGCCUCCGGACAGCGUCCAGCCUGAAGCCCCCGAACCAGAACCCAAACCGACAGCCGAAGCCCCAAAGGCGCCUAAGGUGGAGGAGAUCCCCCUGCGCAUGACCAGGACCCGGGCCCAGAUGCUGGCCAACCAGCACAAGCAGAGCUCGCCGCCCGCCGAGAAGGAGCCCGCAGCUGCGCCCACCCCCAGGGCCAAGGGCCGCGGCUCCGAGGACGACGACCCCCAGGCCCAGCACCCGCGCAAACGCCGCUUCCAGCGCUCCAGCCAGCAGCUGGCCCAGCAGAUGCACACGUCCACACGUCAGACGCGGGAGGUGAUCCAGCAGACGCUGGCUGCCAUCGUGGACGCCAUCAAGCUGGACGACAUCGAGCCCUACCACAGCGACAGGGCCAACCCGUACUUUGAGUACCUGCAGAUCAGGAAGAAGAUCGAGGAGAAGCGCAAGAUCCUCUGCUACAUCAGCCCGCAGGCGCCCCAGUGCUACGCCGAGUACGUCACCUACACCGGCUCCUACCUGCUGGACGGCAAGCCGCUCAGCAAGCUGCACAUCCCCGUGAUCGCGCCCCCUCCCUCCCUGGCGGAGCCCCUGAAGGAGCUGUUCAAGCAGCAGGAGGCCGUGCGUGGGAAGCUGCGCCUGCAGCACAGCAUCGAGCGGGAAAAGCUGAUCGUCUCCUGCGAACAGGAGAUCCUGCGGGUUCACUGCCGGGCGGCAAGGACCAUCGCGAACCAGGCAGUGCCGUUCAGCGCCUGCACCAUGCUGCUGGACUCAGAGGUGUACAACAUGCCGCUCGAGAGUCAGGGCGAUGAGAACAAGUCGGUGCGGGAUCGGUUCAACGCCCGCCAGUUCAUCUCGUGGCUGCAGGACGUGGACGACAAGUACGACCGCAUGAAGGUGUGCGGGGAGCAGCUCCUGUCACCAGCUGGCGGUCAGACCUCUGUGGGACCCCACCUUGAGCCCUCCUCAAAGGUCACAGCAUCCACCCAUCACCCUGCCCUGGCUGUGCUGACCAGUGCAGCGGGCAGAGGACGGGGGGGAGAUAGAGAGAGAUUAGCAAACGUGUCUCCUGAUGCGGCAGCAGCACGAGGCCGCGGCCCUCAACGCUGUGCAGAGGAUGGAGUGGCAGCUGAAGGUGCAGGAGCUGGACCCCGCCGGGCACAAGUCCCUGUGUGUGAACGAGGUGCCCUCCUUCUACGUGCCCAUGGUCGACGUCAACGACGACUUCGUGCUCCUGCCGGCCUGACGCACUGGGGCAGCUGCCCGGGUCACAGGCGAGCCCCCCAGGCCGCCGCCGAGUCCGGGCGGUGGGAGGAGACCAUGUCCCCGGGGGGGACACCCAGGGAGAAGCCCGCGCUGGGCCCCUGGCACGCGGCUCUUUCACACCCGCUGCCGCGGGAGGACGAGGAGCCGGGGACGCGGGCACGGACACGGCAGACUCGGGCUCUUUCCGGCGGCUGCACGGGCAUCUCAGGAGCUGCGGGACGGAGAGCGUUUUUUAAAUUCCUUGUUCCAUUUCUGAUCGACAAAAGAGAAUAAAAUCAAGGCCCACCCCUCACCAACAGCGGCCUCUGGGGUCAGAGGGUGGGGAGAGCUUCGGGCCGGCUGCGUCCUGUCGCCACGAAGCUGCCGGCCUGAGACCUGGGCUGGGACGCCGGGCCGGGUGAGGGCCUGGCUGCGCCGCCCGCCCGCCUCGCAGGGACACGCAGGCAGGACUCCGGGUUGUGUUUUUAAUGGAGUCAAAUCCACGUGGUUUGUAUAUUUUUUCCUUUAAUCUUGGGCAUUUUGUUUCUCUUUCUGAGAACAUAACUUGAAACACUACAGAGCCAAUAAUCAUAUAAAAAGUGUACCCGUAAACGCUGUACAGUUUUAUACACGUUCACAAUGUACUUUUGCUGCCUUCUAGAUAAUUUAUUUUGCAACACAUUACUGCACAGUUGUAAAUAACUUAUGUACUGUAACAUCACUUCAGUUAUGUGUAAAGAAAUAAAUAAAUUAAUUAAAUGCUCUUUGUA